UAGAUAUAAAUCUAGAAGCUUCAGGAAAGAAAACACUAAUGUUUAUAUCCAUUUUCAAAGUAAGCAAAAACUGGAAGGGAAUGAAUCGGGAGAGAUGGGAAGUAUGGCAGAUACUACAAAAACUUAAUGAAUGAGAGAGGAGGGUUGCAUUUUUUGAGAAAAGAAGAGAAACUGUAUUACUUCAUCCUGAAUCUCUAAGUAUUGAUCUUGCUUUGUUUUCCUAAAGCAGCAAAUAAGUGCAGGGCAUUACUGGUUUGAUAAAAAGGUAAAAGAGUCGAAUAGCCUUUUUUGUUUAUCGGUUCAUUUUUUAAAAACCCAGCAGCAUGCCUUAAUGUCUUUUCUGUCAGUCUCAUUCUCUGUUUAUUGCUGAUUUGACAGUCUCUGGUCCUUCUCCUUUGCUGUUAAAUGUGUGUGUCCUUUGUUUGUGCUGGUGGGUUUUGCUACACUGGGGUGUGAGAGAAAAGCCUGUCAUUGCCAUACUGGUCUAAUUAGCCUUCUGGGUGAGCAUAUACAUUAAAUAGACCUUCUAAGCCAUGAAAGAAGAGAGCUCACAACAACGUAGAUUUUCUUCCUGUACUGUGGUUUCGCCUAUUUUAUUUCCUCCACGAAUUGAUGGCCGAAAGCUUGUCCGGAAUGCUUCAUUCGGAGGAUACAAUGAACUUUCUCCUUCGUUGCCAGGUUUUGAAAGAGGAAAGGAAGACAUUUCUCAAAAUAAAGAUGAAUCUUCACUUUCUAUGUCAAAGAGCAAGUCUGAAUCUAAACUUUAUAAUGGCUCGGAGAAGGAUAAUUCAGCUUCAAGCAAGCUCACAAAAAAAGAAUCUCUCAAGGUACAGAAGAAAAAUUACCGAGAAGAAAAGAAGAGAGCCACAAAGGAGUUACUCAGUACAAUCACAGAUCCUUCUGUUAUCGUUAUGGCUGACUGGUUGAAGAUUCGUGGUACUCUAAAGAGCUGGACCAAACUGUGGUGUGUAUUGAAACCCGGGGUGCUACUGAUCUAUAAAACCCAAAAAAAUGGUCAGUGGGUAGGAACAGUCCUUCUGAAUGCCUGUGAGAUCAUUGAGCGUCCAUCAAAAAAAGAUGGCUUUUGUUUUAAACUCUUCCAUCCUUUGGAGCAGUCUAUUUGGGCGGUGAAGGGUCCAAAAGGUGAAGCAGUUGGAUCUAUAACUCAGCCCUUACCUAGCAGUUAUUUAAUCAUCCGAGCCACUUCAGAGUCAGAUGGAAGGUGCUGGAUGGAUGCUUUGGAGUUGGCUUUGAAAUGUUCUAGUCUUCUUAAACGUACAAUGAUCAGGGAAGGAAAGGAACAUGACCUGAGCAUCUCAUCAGACAGCACACAUGUGACUUUGUAUGGCUUAUUACGUGCUAACAAUCUCCACAGUGGUGACAACUUCCAGUUAAAUGAUAGUGAAAUUGAACGACAGCAUUUUAAGGACCAAGAUAUGUAUUCUGAUAAAUCUGAUAAAGAAAAUGAUCAAGAGCAUGAUGAGUCUGACAAUGAGGGGAUGGGGAAAAGUGAAGAAAGUGACACAGAUACAUCAGAAAGGCAGGAUGACUCAUAUAUUGAACCUGAGCCUGUUGAGCCUUUAAAGGAGACUACCUACACUGAACAAAGCCAUGAAGAACUUGGAGAGGCAGGUGAGGCUUCUCAAACAGAAACUGUGUCUGAAGAAAACAAAAGCCUUAUAUGGACUCUGCUGAAACAAGUACGUCCUGGCAUGGACCUGUCCAGGGUGGUUCUGCCUACCUUUAUUUUGGAACCUCGUUCUUUCCUGGAUAAACUUUCAGAUUACUACUAUCAUGCAGAUUUCCUAUCUGAGGCUGCUCUUGAAGAAAAUCCUUAUUUCCGUUUGAAGAAAGUAGUAAAAUGGUAUUUGUCAGGAUUCUAUAAAAAGCCAAAGGGACUGAAGAAACCUUACAAUCCUAUACUUGGUGAGACUUUCCGUUGUUUGUGGAUUCAUCCCAGAACAAACAGCAAAACCUUCUAUAUUGCUGAACAGGUGUCUCAUCAUCCACCAAUAUCUGCCUUUUAUGUUAGUAACCGAAAAGAUGGAUUUUGCCUUAGCGGUAGUAUCCUGGCUAAGUCCAAGUUCUAUGGAAACUCAUUAUCUGCAAUAUUAGAAGGAGAAGCACGGUUAACUUUCUUGAAUAGAGGUGAAGAUUAUGUAAUGACAAUGCCAUAUGCUCAUUGUAAAGGAAUUCUUUAUGGCACAAUGACACUGGAGCUUGGUGGAACAGUCAAUAUUACAUGUCAAAAAACUGGAUACAGUGCAAUACUUGAAUUCAAACUAAAGCCAUUUCUAGGUAGUAGUGACUGUGUUAAUCAAAUAUCAGGGAAAUUAAAAUUAGGAAAAGAAGUACUAGCUACUUUGGAAGGACACUGGGAUAGUGAAGUUUUUAUUAAUGACAAAAAGACUGAUAAUUCAGAGGUUUUCUGGAAUCCAACACCAGACAUUAAGCAGUGGAGAUUAAUAAGGCACACUGUAAAAUUUGAAGAGCAGGGAGAUUUUGAAUCAGAGAAACUCUGGCAUCGGGUAACUCGAGCCAUAAAUGCCAAAGACCAAACAGAAGCUACACAAGAAAAGUAUGUUUUAGAAGAAGCUCAAAGACAAGCUGCCAGAGAUCGGAAAACAAAAAAUGAAGAGUGGACUUGCAAGUUAUUUGAACUUGACCCACUCACAGGAGAAUGGCAUUACAAGUUUGCAGAUACUCGACCAUGGGACCCACUUAAUGAUAUGAUACAAUUUGAAAAAGAUGGUGUUAUCCAGACCAAAGUAAAACAUCGCACUCCAAUGGUUAGUGUCCCCAAAAUGAAACAUAAGCCAACCAGGCAACAGAAGAAAGUGGCAAAAGGCUAUUCCUCCCCAGAACCUGAUAUCCAGGACUCAUCUGGAAGUGAAGCUCAAUCAGUGAAACCAAGUGCAAGAAGAAAGAAAGGGAUAGAACUGGGAGACAUUCAAACUUCCAUUGAAUCUAUAAAACAAACACAGGAAGAAAUUAAAAGAAAUAUUAUGGCUCUUCGAAAUCAUUUAAUUUCAAGCACACCUGCCACGGAUUAUUUUCUGCAACAAAAAGACUACUUCAUCAUUUUCCUCCUGAUUUUGCUUCAAGUCAUAAUAAACUUCAUGUUUAAGUAGAAGUUCUUUACAGUUGGGUCUAUGAACUGCAGUGAUCAGAUUUGGCCUGGGACCAGUGUCGAAGUUGGUUUGGUCUUUAUUAAAACAUCACAAUAUUUCUAAAACAGAAAACCUUAGAGAUAACUGUAGAAGUGUUGACUUUUCAUACCUUUUAUCCUUAAACUGAAGCAAGAGCUAUUCUUUUUGGUUAUUCAAGUGAGCUAUGUGUUGUGCCAGAACAUUUCUAGCUUUUGUGAGAAUGUGCCUACAUGUGAGUAUAAUAAAUCCACAUGUAUACACAGUUGUCUUAUGUAUACCUUAUAGUAGUCCUUGUAGUCCGUAGUAUGUUCAUGUUCUGAAAUAUAUAGCAGUAAUAUUGUUCAUAACAAAAAUGCUGUCAAUCUUGUAAGUAUACCUAUAGAAAUCUAUUUCUUCAUAAAGCAGGCACAAAACUUUUAUCAGUAAGGAAUUAGAGUGGAAAAUGAUGAGACAAUAGACAUAAAUAGUUCAAUACACUGUACUAUUAAAAAAAAAUCAUUUCCAAAUCAUUCAGCUUAAUUGUCUUCUUAGAAACAGGAAAAAAAAAAGUGGUCAAAAUUGAGACACAAGAUGGCAAAUUGCUUUUUUUUUU